AUGUCUGGAAAGGAAAAUGGUCUGUUUGACCCCAAGCUGAUUGAAGAGCUUUUACGUAAGUUGGCGAUGGGGGAUCCCUUAAGUGAGAAACAACAGAAGGAAAUGAAGGAUUAUAAGUUUUGGAAGACUCAACCAGUACCACUGUUUGAUGAAAAGUCUCAAGCUGAUGGCCCAAUAGAUAGCGUAAGAACUCCAGAUGAUAUCCCUGAUACUCCGUUGAAGUUGUUAUCCAGUUUCGAAUGGGUAACUUUGGAUGUUGAAAAUGAAGACGACUUGGAUCAAAUUUAUACCUUGUUGUAUGAAAAUUAUGUUGAAGAUGUGGAUUCUACUUUACGUUUCAAGUAUUCUCAUGAUUUCUUCAAAUGGGCCUUGAAACCUCCAGGAUGGCGUAAGGAUUGGCACGUUGGUGUCAAGGUUAAAGGAAGUGGUAAAUUGGUUGGGUUUAUAUCUGCUGUUCCUAUGACUUUGAACUUAAAAAAAGGUGCCACUGAAUUUCCUUGUGUUGAAAUCAACUUUUUAUGUAUCCAUAAGAAAUUGAGAGAUAAAAGAUUGGCUCCAACCUUGAUUAAGGAAAUCACCAGAAGAGUGAAUAAACAAAACAUCUGGCAAGCCUUAUAUACCGCAGGUGUUGUGUUACCAGCACCGGUAUCAGUUUGCCGUUAUACGCACCGCCCCAUAAACUGGUCAAAGCUGCAUGAUGUUGGGUUCUCUCAUUUACCUCAAGGGGAAUCUAAGUCCAGUAUGAUAGCUAAAUACGCAUUACCAAGUGAAACCAAAACCAAGGGAUGGAGAGAAAUGAAACUUGAAGAUGUUGAUCAAGUCCAUGCUUUAAUAACUGAAUACCAAAAACGAUUUGAUAUUGUUCAAGUAUUUUCAAAGGAGGAGAUUUCCCAUUGGCUUUUAGAUGUUAAUUCUUGUAAUCCAGAAAAUAAGGUAAUCUGUUCAUAUGUGGUGGAGAAUAGUGAUGGUAGGAUCACUGAUUUCAUCUCGUACUAUUUAUUACCAUUCACUAUAUUGAAUGAUAAAACUCACAACGAGCUUGGAAUUGCCUACUUGUUCUAUUAUGCCACUGAUCUGGCUGAUAAAGAUGGUUAUAAGAAACGGUUGAUAAGUUUAGUCAAUGAUGCAUUGGUCACAGCAAAGAAGCUCAACGUUGACGUAUUCAACUGUUUAACUUCUCAAGAUAACAAUCUUUUUAUAGACGAAGCCAAGUUUGCCCCUGGUGAUGGAUAUUUGAACUACUACUUAUUUAACUACAGAACAAAGACUAUUAGUGGUGGUAUAAAUGUGGAAUCAAAAGAGAUCUUAAAGAACUCUACCAGUGGUGUUGGAGUGGUGAUGUUAUAA